AUGGAGAAAGUGAGAGAGAUAGUGAGAGAAGGGAGGAGAGUACGAAAAGAAGACCCGAGAAGAAUAGUACAUGCUUUCAAAGUGGGACUUGCUCUUGCUUUGGUCUCUUCCUUUUAUUAUUACCAACCUCUAUACGAUAACUUCGGUGUCAAUGCAAUGUGGGCUGUCAUGACCGUCGUCGUCGUCUUUGAAUUCUCAGUAGGGGCUACACUUGGGAAAGGAAUAAAUAGAGCAGUGGCAACAUUAGUAGCAGGAGGACUAGGAAUCGGAGCUCAUCAUCUAGCAAGUUUGUCCGGUCCAACAAUAGAACCUAUUCUUCUCGCCAUCUUUGUCUUUGUACAAGCUGCGUUGUCGACGUUCGUGAGGUUCUUCCCGAGGGUGAAGGCGAGAUACGAUUAUGGGAUAUUGAUAUUCAUAUUGACCUUCUCGCUGAUAUCAGUGUCGGGGUUUAGAGAGGACGAGAUAUUGGAGUUGGCCCAUAAGAGACUAUCGACAGUGAUAAUGGGUGGAGUCAGUUGCGUCCUAAUCUCUAUCUUUGUAUGUCCGGUCUGGGCUGGACAAGACCUCCAUUCUCUUCUUGUCUCCAACUUUGACACUCUCUCCCACUUCCUUCAAGAAUUUGGGGACGAAUAUUUUGAAGCGACAGAGGAUGGGGACAUCAAAGAGGUGGAGAAGAGGAGAAGGAAUCUUGAAAAAUAUAAAAGUGUGCUCAACUCAAAAAGCAACGAAGAAGCUUUGGCUAAUUUCGCAAAAUGGGAACCGCGUCACGGCCAAUUUAGAUUUAGGCAUCCAUGGAACCAAUACCUUUCCGUGGCUGCAUUACUCCGGCAGUGUGCCUACCGGAUUGAUGCCUUGAAUUCAUACAUCAAUUCAGAUUUUCAGAUCCCAAUGGACAUCAAAAAGAAAUUAGAAGAACCAUUAAGAAGAAUGAGCUCAGAGUCAGGAAAAUCAAUGAAAGAAGUGUCGAUUUCAUUAAAGAAAAUGACAAAAUCAUCUUCUUCUGAUAUCCAUGUCUUAAACUCACAAUCUGCCUGCAAAGCGCUUUCUACUUUACUCAAAUCUGGCAUCUUGAACGAUGUUGAGCCUCUACAAAUGAUUUCAUUGAUGACCACAAUCUCCCUGCUCAUCGAUAUUGUUAAUUUAGCCGAAAAAAUAUCUGAAACCGUACACGAGCUUGCGUCCGCAGCAAGAUUUAAGAACAAGAUGAAGCGGACCGUGUCAUUGGACAAGUCGGAUUCUGGAAGCAUCGGUCGUGCCAUGCCAAUUAAACCUCAAGAUGAUAAUAAUGAUCAUGUUGUCACAAUCUUAUGUGAUGUUGAUAUUCCAAACACCGUUGAUCAAUCCCGUGGAGAGAGUUCAGUGGACUCUUGUCACCAUGUCGCCAUAAAGAUUGAUGAUGAUGAUUCACUACAUGGAAAACAUGAAGAUGGUGAAAUACAUGUACAUACGAGUUGUGUAUCAUGUGGUCAGACUAAUGCUAGUGAUGUUUUAGGUAGUGAUAAGAGAAUUAGUAAUAACUAA